UGUAAGCAAAGCAGAAUUUACCAAACCCAACCCAGCGUAGACGUUAGGUAUACCAAGAUUUUGAUCCGUUAGAAAACGGAGUCGUAUCAUCGAAACGCGAAGAGAAAAACGAGAGACCGAGAAAUGACCUCUCUAAUCCAUCUGCUUGCUAUCAGCCAGCCAGGAACGAAAGGCGAAAGAAGGGAACCUUCGUUCCUUCGUCAUCGUCAGUAUCCCUUCAUCUAUGCGUCGUAGUGCAUCGUUCUGCUGCUUACAGUCGUUGUAGUUCUUCCCACCUUUUCUGUCGCUAACUCAACGGUUUGAAAACGUUAUAUCCUGCCUGCCUAACCGAGUGGGGGAGAACGGCAGACAACACGAGCGGUAUUAUGGCGUUUCUACAGACUAUCACAAUACAAAUCUUGGCCUAGUUGCCUUUAAAUCGUUUUAAUAAAAGUGUAUUCGUGAAAACUAUUAUUCCGGCGUGUUUCAGUGUUUGAAAAACAGUAUUUAGAAGAUGGCAGAAGGAGAAAUUGUCGAUUUCCAAUCAUGUUGUAGACUGUGUCUCACCGAAAUUGUGGAAAGUAUUAAGUCAAUAUUCGAUGAGACUUUCGAAGAUAGAAGAUUAUCCGAAAAGAUACAGCAAUCAGUUGCUAUUGAGAUAAACUGUUCUGAUAAAUUAUCCACAAAAGUAUGUGAUCCCUGUAUAGAAAAAGUAGUGGGUUGGUACUCCUUCAAAGAGCAAUGUCUAAAGAAUCAAAAGAAGCUAGAAGAUUGGAUAAAUUCCAAAAAUCCAGAUGGUUCAAGCGAGAUAACACCUGAACAAACAUCAACACCCCAAUCAGAAGUAACACCUGAAGUAAACUCUUCACAUAGCUCCACAUCUAUAUCAAAUAUGGCUAUACAGAUAAAAGAAGAACCACAAGAUCACAUAGAAGAACCACAAGUUGAUGACCACCAGGAAGAUAUUUUUAACAAUCUUCCAGAUACUGUUGAUUCGCAACUAGACCAACAGAAUGACAUCCACAACGAUAUUCAACCAGAGCUUAUGCACCAUAACCAUGUACUAGUAAAAUCAGAACCGUUCGAUAUGGAUGGUUUGGAAGAACCCAUGGAAGAAGAGUACAACGAAUUUCCUCCAAAUUUGUCUCCACAGCAUUUAGAAAAUGGUGAUAAUUUACAAGAACCUUUAGUUGUUAGUCUUACUAAUGGCGACGUCCAACACGGCUCGCCGAUUCAAACCGAACAACAAAAAAUCUUAAAUUCCAUGAGCCUCAAAGUUUUGAAAACAAUUCCAAUAGAAACACCCGAAAAUUUAACAAAAAUAGAAAAUAGUUACGUGGAAAAAUGCAAGGCGAUGGUCAGUAUGCACAAAACAUUAAUUUGUGCCUGCCACAAUGUUCCUCAUCAGAAUCUUAAAGGAUUACUAUCCCAUCUGCGAGCUUUGAGGAUCUGGUUUCCUGUUUUUACAUGUUAUAAUUGCAUGAUAACGUUCACGGAUAGAUCCACGUUCACCAGACAUAUUUCAAGAUGUCAGAGCGCUCCAUUAGACACUAUUACUAAACUGAGUGAGCUUAGAAUACGUACCGAAGUUAAAACUAGACUUUACCAAAACUUUAAAUGCACCAUCUGCAAAUUUAUGUUCAGUUUUCACGAAGAUUUUUGUAAACACGUCGACGAAGAUCAUGCCAUGCUACAAUUCCCAGUGCAUUGUCCUUGCGGUAAAACUUGCGAAAACGAAGAAGAAUAUAAGGAUCAUGUGUACGUUAGUUGUCUAGUCGAAUUUUAUUGUGACAUAUGCUUUGUUACUACUAAAACACUAGAUGAUUUCCAGAAACAUGCUGCAGGAGUUCACGAUGACUCCGAAGGAUUUAUACUUCUCCAGGAUGAUAAUUAUAAAGUUAGAAAACCUUCUAUGCACGUCAGCCCUACAGGAGUAGACGAAGGGGCUAUUAUACAAGGUAAACGAGAGCGAAAGGCCUCUUUCAAAACGCCACUGUACGAUGACGAUUUAGACGAAAUAUUACCCACAAGUCUUGCAUCCGCAACUUACUAUACCCCUAAAACGACUAAUAGAGUCUGUCCUAUUUGCUACAAAGAAUAUUCGUCUUACAAAAACAUGAUGCGCCAUUAUAAAACCCACAAACCCGAAGAAAUCCAAAACCAUCAACAACAGCAACAAAUGGAACAAGGUUAUUCCGAAUUUCAAGAUUAUCAAGAUCAAUCACAAGAAUCUCAAGAUAUGGAAUUGGAAGAGGAAGAAUCUUUCUAUUCUUGUCCUGAUUGUGGAGGCAUGUACAGCACUAUGGAAUGGAAAGUGCAUUUGACUGAAAAACAUCCAUCGAAACCUUGCGGGGAAUGUGGGAAAUUCUUCCAAUUCCAAACUGAGCUUGAUCAACACAGAAGCGUUCAUCUGAAUCUUAAGGUAUACAGAGAUUCCAAAACCCAGUCUUACAAGAGUACGAUGCUCAGUCCAGGAGGAGAAGGUGAAGGGGAAGGAGAAGAGAUGGUUGGUUGCGAAAUGUGCGAUUUGGUGUUCACAUCCAAAGAAGAUCUGAUGACUCAUCAAUUAGAACAAGGACACGCCGGUAUUACCGCCGUGGAGGUACCGGAACCCGAACCAGAAGUUACUGCAGCUCCAAAGAAAUAUAGAUGCGACAUUUGCGAACAAGAAUUUAAUAAUUACAACGGUUUAUGGGAACAUAAUAGAACUAGACAUCCGGAAAGGAAAACUCCUCACGCGGAUACGUAUCCGAAACAAUGCAAAGAUUGCAAUAAAGUAUGUACAACCGGAGCUGCAUAUUACAGACAUAGACAGAUACACGAAAAAGUACCAGCCGACGCUGCGGCUAGCAAAGCUACCUUAUUGAAACCAAAGAAAUUCGAAGAACCCGAAGAAGAAUCUUAUCACACUUGCAAACGUUGUUUCAAAGUGUUUUCCAGCAAAUAUAAUCUCAAGAACCAUCUGAAAUGUCACGGAAUUAACAUAAAUCCAAUCAGUAAGAAAUUGGUAAGAAAAGCGGUCUGUAAAGUAUGUCAGAACGUUUUUGAAACUAACGAAGAACUUAUAAGACAUAAACAAGAAGCCCACAACGGCGUUGAAACACCCGACGAUAUGGAUAUGGCCUCAUUAGUGUUCCCUUGUGACACUUGCGUUAUGACAUUCACUAGCAAAGCCGCUUUGAAAAAACACAAAGAAAAACAUACUUUAGAAUAUAAAUCUCUACACAGACAAGUGUAUUGUAAAUACUGCAAGAUUUCGUUUGAGAAUUUCCAAAGUUUGACUCAACAUAUGCAGUUAGAACACAACGAGAAAGUCAAAAUGCCACCAAUACCUAAACCAAAUGACUUCACUUGUUCCAUUUGUCAAAAAUCAUUCCAAUCUUCAGGCGCUUUAACGACACACAUCGGUUGGCAUAAAAGGGCUCUAAACGACAGCAGUUCUAAAUUAUUGAAACACGCUCCUCCUAGCCUUCCACCGCCGCCGGUACAACUACCGCGAAUGCAUCAAGUAAACAUUAAAGAAGAACCAAUGGACGACGUAACCAAGUACCAAUGCGAUACUUGUUUGGCCGAAUUACCCAACGAUACCGCUCUGCAAGUACACAUUCUGGAAAAACACAGAAGCGUCAGCGCAAUUAUGCUAAUUCCACGUUGUAACACUUGCAACAAAGAUUUUUCUACGCAAGACGAAUACGAAACGCACAAAAGAUUGCACGAUUUCUUGGAACGUCAAAAACAACACGAACAAAAAAUGUUGGUGCAACAACAAGAAAUGCCUUCGCAGAGAAUGUCGCCGGCUAAUAAACAAAAGAGUUUCCCUUGUAAACAUUGUAACGCAGCUUUCAGCAGGUCUGACACGCUAGGAGCUCACAUUAGACAGUUCCAUAAGGAGCACGUUCAGACAGAAUUCAAAUGUAAUCAAUGCGACAGAGUUUUCGAAAAACAAAACUCUCUUACAAUACAUUUGAAAGUUCACGAGAAACAGAGAGCCGUACCAUCUCCGGUCGGUAAACCGCUCUUCUCUUGCUCUAUCUGUAACAUGGGUUUCGAUUUACCAAAGGAUUUGCGAGCUCAUACUAUUACGGCUCAUCCAUUUUGACGAGGAUCUUUUCAUUGAAAUUAAGGUGUCGAUAUUAUAGUUUUUCCUUUAUAUCCAGUAAUUUUUUUUUGAUGUGUUACUUCGUGCCUAUAUUUCGAUGUGUUUAGUCACUUAUUCUUUUUUAUAAUACAUAUAUGUUGGACACAUUGAACGUUUGUUUCAUUUUUAUGAAUAUCUAGAUUAGUUUGGAGGGCAGUGUAUUUUAUAGUUUACCACAUUUUCGACAGCACUUCCAAUUAUAAAAUUCGAUUGUAAAUGUUUUGUUUUUAAUGGAACACCGUAUAUAUUGAAACAUUGUGGAUUUAAGCCCAAUUUAUUUAGUUUAUUAGCUUUUAAAAUUAUACACACCCAUGUUAAUUAGGCACAGUUGAGGUUAUGUAAUAAAUAAAUUGUUUGCUAAUAUAUAUUUUAAUGUGCCUACUAUUCCUUAUAACAAAUUUUAAUAAAAAUAUUUUGAUUUUAUAUGUUGUAGCUUAUAGGUUUGUUCUUGGUAGCUGCACUGGAACUGUACUGAACUGAACCAGUGCAGACCAGUUCAUGACGGUAUAGAAUUAGUUCGAUCGGAUAGAAAGAAUGAUUUAGUGCACAGAGCAAUGGAGCAUUUGUUGAUUGAGGCUAUUUGAUGUGGAUGGAAAACGAUUUAGUACUUUUCGAUAUUUUACAUUCGUUCGAUGAUGAAAAUGUAGUACCACCGGUUCCAGAUUACACUUAUUGCACUGUACUGGCUGAACUGACACUAGACACAGUGCAAGCAGUACAGUGAACUGGGCGAACUAGUUCUCUUGCACUACUACACUAGCGUUGGUUCUGCUACAAAGAACGCUUUAGUAUACACUAGUUCUGCAAGUGCAGCUACCAAGAACCAACCUAUUAAUCCAUGGUCGCUGUUACCCCAACAAAAUCACAACCAGAAGCUACAACUUACUAUGAAAACUUUGAAGAGAUGCGAAUGCGAGUGAAAUGAAGUGAUUGGAGCGUUCCAAUUGCCAGUAGAGGGCAUGAGAAUCGAGACAACAAUGAAUUUCGAUUUUCGCAUUCAACGAUAUCGAUACAAGGACCUGAGAAUAUCGGC